CGUGGCUUUGCAUGACGAACACUCCGGCCUCACCACCGAGCAACGGCCAAACAGUCUCCCCUUUCCCCCAUAUUCGCUCGCACAGUGCUCUAUGGGAGCUCCCCGCAAAGCCAGCGCCUACGCAAUAUCCCACGCACAUCCGCGCUGCAUAGCCGCCUCUGAAACAACCCUCGACAUCCGCCAUAGCGCCCCCUCGGCGGCGACAGGAGCUGUGUUUGCCUGACCGCAUCCCGAAGCUCCGCCGGUGCCUCUCCGCCGCCUGUGGUCGUCGUCGCCAUGCCGGGCUUCAAGGUCAAGGCCGUCUACGAGUACUCGUCGCCGCACGAGGACGACCUGAGCUUCCCAGUAGGCCAGGUCAUAACCGUGACCGAGGAGGAGGACGCCGAUUGGUAUGUCGGAGAGUACGUCGACAAUAGCGGCACCAAGCACGAUGGCCUGUUCCCCAAGAACUUUGUGGAGAAGUACGAGCCGGAGCCGCCGCCGCGGCCCAACCGGGCAUCGAGACAUAGGCCAUUGGAACAGCCCGCGGAGCCCGUAGCACCCCCGACGCCUGAGGUGCCGCAGCAGGAGCCAGCUCCGGUGCACCAGGAAGAGCCAGAGGCGCCCAAGCCGCAGCCCGCGCCUGUCGAAAUUCCGCCGGCGGCCAAAUCGCAGCUGUCUCCCACGUCUCCCGAGUCCGCCCAGAGCGCAAGGUCCCAGGAGCUUCCUAAGCAACCCCCGCCGACUCCAAGACCUGCUCCAGCUGAGCCGGCCACUGCUCCGUCCGCGAAGAAGGCACCUCCGCCCGUGGCCGCAAAGUCGAGCUCCUUUCGUGACCGUAUUGCAGCCUUUAAUCAGCCUGCUGCCGCCCCAAUUCAGCCCUUCAAGGCUAGCGGAGGGCCUCCCAGCAACUUCAUCAAGAGGCCUUUUGUUGCUCCUCCCCCAAGUCGGGAUGCCUAUAUUCCGCCUCCACGUGAAGCUCCGCAAGUGAAGACGUAUCGCCGUGAAGAAGAUCCGGAAAUUGCAGAGCGCCAGGCGCAAGACCGGGAGAACGCGGAGCGGGCCGGGCUGGCUGGUCAUGGUGCUGCACCCACCAACGAAGGCGAGGAAGAGGACCAGCCCAAGGUUACCAGCUUGAAAGAGCGCAUAGCUUUAUUGCAGAAGCAGCAGCAAGAGCAGGCAGCACGUGCAGCUGCGUUGCACAAGGAGAAGCAAAAGAGGCCGCCAGUGAAGAAGAGGACCGAGUCUCAUGAACGUAGGCCAGAGGAAGGCGACGGUGCAGCACUCGAGAAGGUUCUCAGCGGAGAGUCGAGAGAACGUGGAUCGAUGGAGCACGCUCGACCGCCCCGAUCAUCGCACAGCAUGAAGUCCCCGGAUGUGCAACAUCUAAAUCGUGAGCUUCUGAGUGAUGCGAACGAUGCGGACCAAUCAGGAGCCGGUGAUACGGAAGAUGCGGAGGGCACGUCCACCAGCGUCGAGGAGGAUGACGAGCACGCCAAGCAUAGAGCUCCGCCUAGAGCACCUACUGCGCCAACCAAAGAGGCCGAUGUCGGUGACGAGAACGAGGAAGAUGAAGACGAAGAGGACGAGAUGGACGCCGAGACAAAGCGGAAGAUGGAGUUGCGCGAGCGCAUGGCCAAGAUGAGCGGAGGAAUGGGCAUGCCAGGCAUGAGCAUGUUUGGCGGUGGUCUCCCAAUGGGUGGCUCGUCGCAGAGGAAGAAGAAGGCCGAAAAGAAGUCCACUGAAGACAGCGACGAGUAUGUCAUGCCGCAACAGCGCGUCCCCAUGUUUCCAAUGGGAAUGCCACCAGUCAAGAGUCCGGAGCCUCAGGAGAGGCAGCUUGGCGUGGAGAAGGAGGACGAAGAGUCUCAUCCCAUUACCGAGGCCCGUCCUGCAGAGGAGGUACCGGAUGUCGAGGAUGUGACCCCACAAACUCUAAGGACUCCGACUGCGGAGCGUCCACCUCCUGUCCCAGCAGAGAGACGGCCAAUUCCUCCGCCAAUCCCCACUGGCGAUCGACCAGCCCCUCCUCCAGUUCCUUCAGCUUCUCGUCCUGCGCCGCCAGAGCAAGUUCGCUCUCCCAGCCCUGGUUCUGAGUCUGGCGAUGAGAUGACGGAUGCUCCAGCAGCACAGACUGUUGCGUCACCUAGGACACCGUCAGCUCAUCCGCCUUCGAAGCGGAGCUCGUACCUCGCAUCAGAUGAGAUGUCCCAGGAUUCGCCAGACAAGCGUGUGCCACCAAUCCCGUUAGGAAGCCCAACAUUCUCUCCAACAUUAGCAUCUCGGCCGCCUCCACCACCUCCUCCGGGCGCUCCUCCAUCCCGACAGCCGACCAUGGAGAGCGUGCCCAAGAGGAUUGAUCGUAACGAAGGUGAAACCGAUUACGAGGGCGAUUACGAUACCGAUAUCGCUCCGGGCGCAACGCACAAGGACGCGUUGAAGGCUCAUGCGAGAGAACCGAGCAUGGAUGACAGCACCACAGCUGACGAGCCGUCCUCUGCUCGCUCUCCAACAACUCCAGCUGGUCCUCCACCAUUGCCGCCGUCCGUCUCUCGUGCUGUUCCCCCUCCUCCCCCGCAACAGCCUCCAAGCAGAGUGUCCAUGGAUGCUCCGCGAGGUGCGCCACCCCCGCCGCCAGUCCCACCGCCGGCGCGAAAUGUUGAAGAGGAUGACGAUGAUUACGACCCGUACCGGUAUACCGGGCCUCCACGAGCGGUUCCGCCGCCACCCAGGGCAAUGCCUCCACCGCCUCAGAGUCAACCUCCUCCACCGCAAAACCGGCCACCGCCACCGGCGAUGCCGCCAAUGCCUCCCUCAAUUCCACCGGUGCCUCAGCACCAGGCUGCGGAGUCUUCAGAUGAGGACGAUCUGUAUUCAUCACCACCUCCUCGCAAGUCUCAUGACCGGCCGCCGCCACCACCGCCUCAGGCACCCCCUCACCAGUAUCGACCGGAGAGGGCAGCUCCUCCUCUUCCGCCACAAGAGCGGGUCGUUCUGCCUCCCCCACCACAAGAGCGAGCAGCCCCGCCGCCUCCGCCACCGGAGUCCGCACAGCAGCAUAGGGCGCCCAUGGGUCGGAAGUCUCUUGACGUGAAUCGAGCAGUUCACCAAGGCCGUCCUUCAACUGAACAGCCUCGUCCCUCUGCUAGCCAGGAGUUUAUCGCUAGCGAUAUCGAUCUUGGUGCGUCGACUCACUGGUGGACCCAGCCGAACAUGGCACCGCCGUCUCUUCAAGGCCGCAAAGACGUUCUUGUCGAGAAGUAUGAGUCGAGGUCCGGCAAUACCGUCGAGAAGGCCAUCUUUGUUCUGUACAUGGAUUAUUCGCAGACUGUCGUCACGGCUCGCUUCGAGGCGAAUGACGUCUCCCAUGUUGAGCUUGAGCAGCGUCACGAGCCGCCGCCUCCGCGUCUUCGACAGGAUCAACUCGAAAACGCUCAUGAGCAGUACGGAUUGAAGAUUGCGAAGGAUGUCGAGUCGAAGCAGGGCUCUGUUGUUGGGAACGGCGCCCCGCACGACCUGAUCAGCGUGCUGCUCCGGCCAUACGAGGACGCUCUGCCACCGGUGUCGACGCGCUCUUUCGGUGCCCUGGUGUAUGUCAACCUGGCAAACGCGUCGACUCAGCAGUACGAUGAGAUCCGCCCUGGCGACAUCAUUAGCUUCCGCAACGCGAAAUUUCAGGGCAAGCAUGGCGCCAUGCAUGCAAAAUACUCUGUGGAGGUGGGCAAACCGGAUCAUGUGGGCGUUGUGGUCGAGUGGGACGGCAGCAAGAAGAAGGUUCGUGUGUGGGAGCAGGGUCGCGAGAGCAAGAAGGUUAAGCCUGAGAGCUUCCGCAUGGGCGACUUGCGCUCGGGUGAGGUGCGUGUUUGGCGCGUCAUGGGCAGGAGCUGGGUGGGCUGGAAUUAGCGGCCUAGCUAGCCGGUCGGUGUUUGUGCGUGCGAGAUUAGGUGGUGUGGGUCAGUGAAAGCCGUGUGUGUAGGUAACCCAUUCUUGGCGUCCUGUAUGUUUUGCAAAUUGUACAGUCUCUGCACCUCACGUCCACAUCCACACACGUCGUCAUCAGCGUACUUUCCUACCUGCUAUACGCAUCACGUACCCUGACGACCUCCAAGCCCUCAUCACACGUCACUUUCCACUAUCAAACACCUAUCUACAACACCAUGGCCGCCCCCCGCCAGCAG